AUGAAAUUGGAUGUCAAUGCUCUUCGAUAUUUAUCGCGGGAUGAAAGCAGAACGCUGCAAGCCGUCGAGAUCGGCCAAAAGAACCACGAUAUCGUCCCUGUCCCUCUGGUGGACAGCAUCGCAGGCCUCAAGCAUGGGGGCGUGGUGCGCUGCCUGAAGGCACUGCUGCGACAGAAGCUAGUGCACCAUGACAACAGCCGCUACGACGGCUACCGCCUGACUCCCCUCGGUUACGACUUCCUGGCGCUCAAAGCGUUGGUCGCGCGCGGCGCCAUCACCGCCGUCGGCCGCCAGAUCGGCGUCGGCAAGGAGUCCGAUGUUUUCGAGGCAUGCCCCCUCCCUGGUGCAGCCGCUGUACUGAACGCUGAUGGCGAGGUGCUGGCGAUGAAGCUGCACCGCCUGGGGCGUACCUCCUUCCGGGCAGUCAAGAAGAAGCGCGACUACCUGCAGCACAGAAACUCCUUCAGCUGGCUGUGGCUGUCGAGACUGGCGGCGGCCAAGGAGUUUGCGUUUAUGGAGGCUCUCGGAGCGGCCGGCUUCCCGGUGCCGCGCGCGAUCGAGCACAACCGCCACGCCGUCCUCAUGUCCCUCGUUGACGCAGUGCCCCUUGUGCAGGUGAAACUGGCGGAUCCUGGGGCUGUGUAUCUUCAGCUGAUAGACAUGAUUGGGGACCUGGCCUCCCGGGGCCUCGUUCACUGCGACUUUAACGAAUUCAACAUCCUGGUGGACGAGCAGGGCGGUGUGACGCUGAUAGACUUUCCCCAGAUGGUGUCAACCAGCCACGCCAAUGCAGAGGAGCUGUUUGAUCGCGACAUCGACUGCGUCAUCCGCUUCUUCAACAAGAAACUUGGCUACGUCUCCGAACAGGACGCCUCCCUGCCCUACCUGCGCCCAGACUUCAAGGCGUGCCCCCAUUCUUUCAGUUCCUUUGCGGGCCUUGUGCAGUCGUAUGUAUCAAGUGGAUCAGGUCUCCUUGUGGGCGUGAAUAGCACUCCUGCAGGCACUUAA